AUGGCGUUGCCCUACUUGACUGUGGUGUUGACCAUUGUCAUUUUUCACUUGGGUAGGCUACCAUAAUCUUUGCAUCGUACGAGUUAUUCCUCGCUAACAUUUUCAAAUUGCGCUAUGUUUUUGCAAUGAAAAUACAUUUUGGUAGGGAUGUUGCCUUCGUAGUAUUAAGGUUUUUGCGAAUUACAGUUUUAAUAACUUAGAGAUGAAGACAUCUUUGUGUCUCUGCUUAUUGCAUUUUACAUCCUUCAGUGAGUUAUUUUCGUGAGCAUGAUCGUGAAUUUCCUUCAAACAGUUGCUUUUUCUUCCCUUAGGCAGUGUUUUAUCCCAGGCCACAUCAAUUUGUAUAUUUUAUCUAAUAACUGUAAUUAAAGAUGUCGAAGUUUGUUCAGAAUCUGACUCGGGAUGACUAUACGUAUGUUCAGCCAUCUACGGAUUUAACACUACGAGAAGGUUGCAACUAAGUGAUCUGACUUUAUGGCAAAGCAAACAACCAACCAAACAUGGACUGACAAUUCUCAGAAAAGUGCAAAUCGUAAUAGUUUAUUUAGUACACUGCCAGGUUUAUAACUUUAAAAACGGUUGUGUAACGCCCGAACAAACUCAUCGGGUUAGAAUUAGGAAAGAACAGUAUGAUUGAAUGCUUAGCUAUGUCAGUGCCCCUAACAUAUAUUUGUUUGGAAGAAAUGCUACGUUCCCCUACCAAGCAAACCCUUGUUUGCAUGCUUCGAAGAAAGUAGUCGGACAGUUAUAUGGUAUGAAACGUUGCUUGUCUAAGUAAUCAGAGAUAUGUUUCACCCUACAUUAUUUUGCGAAAUCUUAGUAUUUCUCAUAUUGAGGCCGACAAAUACAGUCAUCCCCAUAAGCACAUUUCUUUAUUUAGCCGAAGAAUAACCAUUAUAUAUACGCUAAAAAAAACGUCACACAAAGUAUGUACCCUCAUACUUACAUAUGUAGCCAGAUGCAGCUAUCCCUGCUUAUAAACCCAUUGCCUUGUUUUUUAAUUUUGCGUGAAAUGUGGGUGUUUGCUAUAACCCGUACAUUCAGGCUCAUCUCUGAAUUCUUGAUUGGUCUUCUCUCAACAUUUUAAAGGUUCUUCUCGACAGCAGGCAGCCAUCAGCAUCUGCGAAGAAGAGUACUCGGGUUGCGUGGGCUUCCACAAUAAGCAGGAUAACUUUUCAUCGUUUCAUCAAUGCUUGAAGGCUUGUGAUUUCAAAAACGGUUCGCUUGGUUUCUGGAAACAUUUUUAGACUUAUUUUUAUUUAGCGAAAGCUAAGCAGUAUUUUCCGUUGUUUAGUGCCUGGGGCGAAGUCGCUUACAGCGUACUCCUGCAUCGAUCAAUCUAAGCCAUGUUCCCCGCUGACAUUUUACCAAAUCCACUCAUCUACCGAUGCCUUCUUCGAAUGGACCAAAUGCCUGGACGUAUGUCACCUACUCACCGACGGUAAGGUUAAUUCGCAUUCUGAAUCAGCGUCAAAGCACAGUAUAAUAAUACAUCUAUGCCAUAACCUACUUCAUCAUUAGCAGUGAGAGAUGUUUAACUUCAUCAAUUAUAACACUCAUCUAGAGAAACAUGUAAAAUUUUUACUUGCAAGAAAACGAUAUGUUAUCUCAUAAUGCACAGACAUGACUUUUGUAGUCGUUGCAGUAUUAACUCAGUGGCAUCUGUGUAGUUCUAUGUCUAUGCUAUUAGAUAUGCGUAAAGUUUCUUAACCUUUCCGUUCUAGACGAUGGAAAAGUAAAGGCUUCAGGGGAUAUCUGCAUGCAACAGGACAGCAAUUGCUUCAGUGUUGCAAACAGUGGAGGGACCGUUGACAAAUUCAUGAAAUGUUAUGUGGACUGCCAAGUAACUAGAAAAGGUGAAGUAUUCGGUCAGCCAUUAGCUGAAUGAAUAUUGCUUCUUCAGGCUUAAUGAUAACACAUUUUGUUUCAUUCAGAAACCCAGACAUAUGUGAAUUACAUAGACGUGUGCACACCCGACCAUGAGGAAUGCAUUGAUUCCAUAUUCUAUGCCCAACCGGGAGAAAAGGAACCGAAGCAGGUACUAACGAAGUGCUACCAGAACUGUGACAGUGGUAAAGGUACGGUUGAAAUAAAGUUUAUCUGUCUAUAUUAUGAUGUGCAUUUUCGAAAAUUUGCUUUAUUGUGAAUCUCAUCAUUCAAUAUUGUUCGAGCAGCCUUUGAAUAUUCACAAGAACUGACACACAUUUGGACAAAACUGUGCGCUAAUAGUAUCCUUGAAACGUAGAAUAAACUAGAAAUUUCUCGCAUAAUAUGAUCCAGAGAUAGCAGAGUUUAAUCAUCCAAUGUUGUAGAGGACACGAAAAGGCGCUGAAGUCCUAAAAUCUCACAGAGUUUACUAUUUGAUGGAUAUACCGCCACCCAAAUAGGACUAAUUAUAGGCCAAAACAUGAAGAGCACCAGUAUAAAGUGAUACACUGAAUGGAGGAAACCCAAAAACUCAGACAAAUGGCUAUUCAGAAGAUAUUUAUUAUUCGGGUUGCAGGUAGUAAGGAAUAAAUCGAAAAAGGGUGAAGACAAGUGCGCUAGGACAAAAGGCAAAAACGCCAAAACGGCGAGGGAAAUUCCGAAGAGAUAUGAAUGACGUACGCAGAAAAUCAAUGAUAUAGGACAAGAAAAAGAGAAACGGCUGCAAAAAAACGCAUAUGCAUAAUUGAGAGGAUAUUCGAAAUGCGCCAUAGCGUACAUUGAAUACAUUAUCAAAUACGAACGAAUAUAGUGAUCAAAAUAAAAACAAACAGGAAGCAGAGCAAAAUGGACGCGCCGCAGGUAAUUGUCGGUGUUAGUGCUUUUAGGAAUGGCAGCCAGCAUGCCUGACAUUCUAACGGAUGCGGCGACUGUAGGGGCUGCAGUAAUCACUUACGCUCGCGUCCAAAUGCAAUGCAUAUAUGCAUGCAUAAACUGCGCCAGCGAAUAGGCUGAUGAACGAAGUCUGCAUGAGGAUGUCUCUGCAGAAAUUGCUAAUGGCCAAUAAAAACUUACCUCGCAAAGGCCCGUCUGAUGCGGCGUUGGCUGAUAGACUUGAUAACCCGUGGCAUAGUUUAUUCUGGAAUUCAUCGCAUUUGUCCACUCAAACCUCAUCAUCUCCUUCAUUUGCAACCACUCCUACAUUACCAGGGCCCGAGCCAGAAACAGGCGGCUUCAAAUGCGACGAAGAUUCCCAGACCUGUGUAGCCUGCACAGACGAGGAUGGCGAAUGUGAGGACUUAUCCACUUGCCAGGAGUCCUGCGGAAAUGAAGGUAAGUUCUCCCACUCCUCCUCCUCCUCCUCCUCCUCCUCCUCCACCUCAUCAUCAUCAUCAUCAUCAUCAUCAGCAAUAAUAUCAUCAUCAUUUCCAUUAUUAUCAUCAUCAUCAUCCUCAGGAAUGAAGUGCGGUGAGUAGAUGUGUAUUUCUCGAAUCUAGCUCUCAGCGAGACUGAGAUGCAAGUGGUGCUGAUGAGAAAGCAGUAAAUUUUGUGCCAGCGCACAAUGAAUGCAUCGCAGGUAAAGUAUCUGUGUUAAGGCUUUUAGGAAUGACAGCCAGCAGGCUUGCCUUUCUAGCUGAUGCGGCGCCUACAGGGGCUGAAGUAAGCAUGUUUUCUCGCGUCGAAAAGCAAUGCAUACAUACAUAGCCUGUGCCAGCAAAUAGGCUGCUGACUGUAGUCUGCAUGAAGAUGUCUGUGCAGAAAUCGGCAAUGGUCAGGCCAAUGUAAGCUUAUCUCCCAGCAGGCCGUCCGAUGCCGCGGCGACGGUGGCGGCCGCUAGACUUGAUUUCACGUGACAUACUUCAUUCAGGAAUUCUUUGCCUUUGUCCACUCAACCCUCAUCAUCUCCUCCAUUUGAAACCACUCCUAAAUCACCAGCUCCCAAGCCAGAAACAGGCGACUUCAAAUGCGAUGAAGAUUCCCAGAUCUGUGUACCCUGCACUGACGAGGAUACCGCUUGUGCGGACCUAUCAACUUGUGAGGAGAAAUGCGGCAACGAAGGUAAGUUCUCCCCCCCCUCCUCCUCCCUACUUUCAGCUUACUCACUCCUCGUGGAGUAUAUGCCACAAUUGCUCCCUUUACUUAGCCUAGUAGCAAGUUUUAAAUAUUAUUUUUCUUUUUCGCCCUUUUUACUUUAUGGCCUUUUUCCUCUUGUUUUUCGUUGUGUGCUCUUGUUUUCUUGUUAUUAUUUUUGUUUGUUUGCGCCUUCUCUUUUCCCUUUUCGCACUUUCUUCUUUGCAUCACUCUUCUUUUUUGUCAUUAAUUUUUUUAACUUCUUCAGCCCUUAUUGCAUUUUUUAUUUACAUUUUCUUACUUCAUGUCGGACUCUCGGUGCCUUGUUUUAUGGUGUUGCAACCCGUUGUCCCUAGACAGCUUGUUGUGUAUCUGUGAAAUACCCAAAGUCGCCUAUUACAGUGUAAGUGUGUCAGUGAUCAAAUUGAAUGUGCAUGGCUACGGUGUGAUUUAAAAUGCCUAGGGGACGCAUUUUGCUUUACUAUUUCGUCUGUCAUUUAGCUGCAUUUAUUUCUCCGUCAAAUCCAAUUCAUGACAUGGCCGUUUGAAUGCGCUUGGCCACCAUAUAGGCGAAACAAUAUUUCAACCAAAUUGCUUUAAGCUAGUGACAACUUUUACGAAAUUCUUUCUUCGCAUAGACAUGGGAAGCUUCAUUUAUCGUACGGUUAUAUUUUGGACUAGUGCCUUUUCUCCCUUAACUUUAUUAUGUUCUUCCUCUUCUGAUUAUGUCUUCCAUUUUUUGUAUUUAACUGAUUCCUCGAUUUUUUCUCAUUCAUUUCUUUGCGAUUUCCAUAAUGCCACAUGUGUUCUUCCCCUCAUGCCAGCCCCAUGUUCGAUCCUACUAUAAGGUCAGUAUCAUGCUUUAAUGAUGCAUAAUUGCUUAAUUUGUUUCUUGUAGCUUAAUCCGUGCACAACGACGAACAAGGAUGUCAGUGGUAUGUGGGUGCUUUUAGUCAUGGUUUUGGGUCUUAUGUGUCCAAAAUUGUAUGUUUCCACGGGACUUAACUGGUGGCUGCCUAAAUAAAACAACGAGUCAAAAGAGGAGUGUUUGUACUAUUCAUAACAUCGGUGGGGUAAAUUGCAAACAGAGUCGAAAAAGCCAAUCACUCUUGGGUUUAUCUGGCAAUUUGGCGGGUUGCUUUAAAUAAAAUAACUAUUGAUAUUUCUGAGCUAUGUGUAAGAGGUGAGAUUCAGUUGAACGGUUCACCCGAGAUGUCCGCGUGUUCGCAGGGGCUUUAAUGCAUACCUCUCAAACGAGUAGCCAUCGAAUACAAAAGUAACUUAUGUAACUAAACCCGCGAAAAUACCCUAAAAUGACUGAUUCCGAGUCGGAAUUUUAUGUAUGAUCUAAGAUUAAUGAGUUAGGAAAGGAACUCUUAGACGACAAGGAUGAAUUUAUGUGCACAACCACUAAUAGUAGGUUCGUCCCCUGUAUAAAUUCGUUGUUCAAACGAAAAGUGCGUUUACUAAUUUUAGGAUGUCCCGUGUUAUUUGCAUUGACGAACCCAAUCCUGGAAGAUCUUGAGCAUCAUUAAAAAUAGUUCCUGCACGUCAAAGUGAUUAGUGAGCCAUCAACACCAAGUGAUAUAACAGGAUCGGAACAGGUGUCGGCGUAUGCUGUCUCUUUUUUGAAAAUGCUUGACAGAUUCUAUUUUCUCUGGCUAACCAGUGUGCCGGAGAUUAGAUAGAAGAGAAUAAAAUUCCGGGACGUGUCAUCCGAUCAUUUCACAAGGGCGGUUUCAUUACUGAUAGUUUGAAGAUUAUUGAUGAUAUAUCCGAUGGAUCACACCGUUUCAUUGAUAAUCAGAGUGCUCUUCUCUGAAAUAUGAAGACUCUUGAGUUAUGAUAUACCGAGGUCCAUAAUAACACCUAACAAUUUCAUCUUGUGAGCGUCAAAGAUCGUUGUAACCCGACGAUCGACGCCGACUACCAUAAGUAAGCAUUUUUAAAAAAUUAAAAGGUGUCCUUUGUGGCACCAUUGCACAAAACUCCGAUAAUCAUUUAUCAGCAUUUAAGACGUGAGAAUGGUUGAAAUUACAAAACCCUAUUUAAAACCAAAACAUCCUGUGCAAUUUGUGAAACCACUACCCAUGGAUUGCAAAAUAUACUGCAAACGAUGGAGCUGACAGGUGCCAGAGGAUCGAUUUUCUGAGAAUCCGUAAACAGCCGCAAUCGUCAGGCUAUUAUCCCUUAAGUAACAUAUCGUCUCAUCCUUGUUCAGGCUCUCUAUCAUUUUUGAAACUGUUGGGGCCGUGCUUCUUAGCUGAAAGUCGUCCAUAUGAUUUAGAAAUACGGGCUCGAUGAGAGGAAAAACCUGAUACUAUUUUCAUGAAAAGAGUACAUUCUGGAUGGCGAUUUAGAUCUUCUACAGAAGACUAUGAGAAAUGUUUCAGUUGUCUCGGCAUCCAAAUCACUCUAUGAAACAACAUAUGUGCCUGUCUCUUAACCAUGGCAUGGGUAUAUCUCUAGCCCAACGUAUUCUGUUAUUUCAGAAUGAUAGGAAUGCUUCAUGUCAGGUAUGGCUUUCAUCAAGGUGGCUCUAAUAUUCCCAGAUGACAUGAAGAUAUUCAGUGAACUCAAGAAGUCAAGUGAGAAAGCUACCGUCGAACAUGGACAAACUGAAUGUUUAGUUAAGCAGAUGACUUUUAAAAUCCACGAUGUCCACACCUAGGAUCUGGCCAAAUAGUAUUUUCAAAAUACCAGCAUUAUAUUAAUGGGGCUGAGACAGAACCGUAGAAAAACACAAAAUACAUUGGUAUACGAACGACCACAAAUUUAACGCCAUCACAGCGUUUUACGUCUAUCUUUACGAAGAAAAGCGCGUUUCUUCCUCCCGGCUGCGACAUAGUGGACGGGCCAACGAUUGUGCAUGUCUCUUUCGCCGAAGCUAAUGUUCGCAAAAAACUGUUGACGCCGAAUGAGUCUAAAUCACCUGGACCGGAUGACAUACGGCCCAAAAUGUUAAAGGAGCUUGCUGGAGAACUAUCUAAACCGCUGUCCAUGCUCUUCCAAGCUUUGCUCGAAGCAGGCUAUCUGCCUGCCGAUUGGAAAUCCGCAAUGUCGUAGCAAGCAACUACAGUUUAAUCAGUCUUACUUCCAUUUGCUGGAAAAUUAUGGAAAAAAUAAUUAAGCGAGAAAUAAAAACACUUUCUAGAAGAGCAUAAUCUGCUACGCGAUGCCCAGCACGGAUUUCAUAGAGGCAGCUCAUGCGUGACAAACCUACUUUAUUGUUUAGAUCGCUGCACCCGGGCAGCCGAUGGCGGCAAUCCAGUACGCGCAGUCUACGUCGACUUUAAGAAAGUAUUGGACAGCGUACCAAAUCAGCGUCUUUUGUACAAAUUAACCUCUACAGGCAUUAGGGAUAAUAUCCUGAAGUGGAUUCAAAGCUUCUUGAUCGGUCACUCUCAAAUCGACCACGUCGGUGACAGGCAGUCGGUGAAGGUAGCCAUUGAAAGCGAUAUUCCUCAAGGCUCCGUCCUUGGUUCUACCAUAUUCAUAAUACACGACAACGCCUGCGUCUGCGAACUGAAUUGUGAGGUCUCCAUGUUGGCUCAUGAUGUUAAACCUUACAGCGUCAUCCGAAGUAAAUUUGACGAAGAGCACUUGCAGGCAGACAGUCGUAGACGGUCGUGGUAGGCUGCUCACUUGCUUGCAGUUUCCGACUACACCUAGUGUUUCUUUGCUGGUGCCCAACUCUCACAUGUGGCUCCCCGAAGCUAGGCUCUGUCUGGCUGCAUACGGCGAUGUCGUAGGCUCUUCAGACUAACUCAGGUCGUCUUUCCACUAUGCCAAAUCCGUGGCCCAUAGUGGAGAUCGGCAGCGCCUGAAUCUACUGGGUAGCCCUAUUUAGUGUGGCACUGCACACCCCCGCGACGGGGAACGGGCUAGAAAAGGUGCCCUAAAUAAAUGCUGGGGAACCACGCGGUCUACAUGCUGACUGUAGUCGCAGACGUUAAUCUCACGGUCAAAACAACUAAUAAAGAAACAACGACGAAACCCUCUUCUUCUUCUUCUACUCGCCGCCGUCCCACUCGCUAGACUGGUAAGGUGAUUCGACUCACUUUGGCAACCUGGAAUGUUCGACCCCUCUUAGGUAAUUCGAGGCGCAACUGACCGGAACGGAGAACAGCGGUAGUGGCUCGGAGACUGGGGCGCUACAGGAUGGACAUCACAGCACUCAGCGAGACCCGGUUCUCCAAACAUGGCCAACUAGAGGUGGUGGGUGCCGACUACGCUGUCCCCUGGAACGAUUGCCCGAAGGCAGAGCUAUGAGACGCGAGUGUCACCUGUGCCAUUCGGACCGACAUCGUGUAACGAUUGCCCAGGGCGUCAACAAUCGUCUGAUGAGCCUUCGCCUGCCUCUCCGAGGAGGCAAAUUCGCCACCAUCUUCAACGUAUACGCACCGGUGAUGGCUAAUUCCGACGCCGACGUCCUGCAUACCCUCCUGGCGACUGUCCCGAAGGCGGAUAAGGUAACUGUCCUUAGUGAAGUCAAGGCCCGCGUCGACACAGACCAUACGGUCGACGACUGUGGCCGUCCUUGAUGGCGCACGCUGCAAACACCAGGACUGGUUCGACGACGACGACGCCGACAUCAGCAACCCGCUCGACUGCACAAAGUCUACGUCGACCGCCUCACUGAUGUCAGCAGAGCUGCUGUCUACCGUAGUCGCCGCCUCGUGCAGCAGCGACUGCGUGAGAUACAGGACACCUGGACGGCUCACAAGGCUGAGGAGAUCCAAGGGUACGCGGAUCGCAACGAAUGGAAAAACGUCUUCUCCACGAUCAAAGGUGUCUACGGUCCGCCAACCAAAGAUACUGCACCUCUCCUCGCUGCUGACGGCAGCACUCUACUCAGUCACAAGACAAAUUCUACAGCGUUGGACCGAACACUUCCCAGACCUAUUUAACCGUUUCUCCACCAUCUCCGACGCCACGAUCGCCCGUCUGCUUCGACUGGAGUCCAACGUCGAUCUCGGCCUCCCACCCUCUCCCCGCGAAACCAUCAAGACCGUGCAACAGCCCCAUAGGACGAAAGCGUCCGGAUCGAGAGCGAUCGCCGUUGAGAUCUACAGGCAUGGUGGCCCCCCAAUCAUGGAUUAUCUGACCGCACUCUUCCAGGAGAUGUGGCGUCAAGGAGAAUUCGAACAGGAUUUCAGAGACGUCAUAAUUUUGCAUUUAUACAGGCGGAAAGUAAGCCGCCGGGUCUGCGACAACCACCGAGGCAUCUCCUUGCGGUGCAUUGCCGUGAAAAUCUUUGCUCGCACUCUCCUCAACCACCUGCGCAGCCACCUUCAACAAAGUCUUCUGCAUAAAAGGCAGUGCGGCUUCCGUCGUCAUCGUGGGACCACGAACAUGAUCUUCGCCGCUCGGCAAUUUCAGAAGAAGUGCAAGGAAAUGCGGACCCAACUCCACGCUACCUUCGUGGAUCUGACGAAAGCCUAG